AUGGUAGAUUCGAAACAAGUUGGAACGCCUAUGUGUGCAUUCACAAAACUUGACAAAGAUGAACAAGGGGUUAUACCUCAUGGGAUUGGUGACCUUUCAAAAUUGGAGAUGCUAUACUUGAGUGAAAAUAGUUUAAGAGAUCCCCUCCCACAGGAGCUCUCCAACAUUUCAGCUCUUAGAGAAAUAUCCAUAGAAGGUAAUGGCUUUUCGGGCAUUCUUCCUUCCACUUUAGGUGUUACGUUACCCAAUCUUCAAGCGCUUUAUCUUGGGAACAACAAAUCCACUGGAAUAAUAUUGCCAACUCUUUCCAAUGCCUCUAAAUUGAAGAGUCUAGACUUGUCAGGGAAUAAAUUUAUUGGUGCAAUUCCUGAUUCUCUUGGUAACCUAAGGUUCCUAGAACUCUUAGAUCUUUCAGGAAACAAAUUUACUGUGUCUGGAGACAUGAGCUUCUUCAGUUUUAUAGGAAAUUGCAGGUAUUUGAGAUUGUUGUGGCUAGAUGAAAAUCCACUGAAUGGAAAUCUUCCAGUGUCUAUUGGAAAUCUUUCCAAAUCUCUUGAAGAAAUUCAUAUGUUUCAUUGUGGAAUUGGAGGUGAAAUUCCCAAGUCACUAGGCAACUUGAGCAACUUGGAUUACGUAAACUUAGGAAGCAAUGGCUUGACAGGAUCAAUCCCAAGUUCCAUCUCAAGUUUACUAAAUAUUCAGCGGAUAAGUUUUAGAGAUAACAAGAUACAAGGACCAAUUCCAAGUGAGUUUUGUCAUAUUCCCAACUUAGCAUACUUAAUUUUGGCAAGCAAUAGGCUGUCUAGCAAAGUGCCUGACUGCAUAGGGAGCAUUUCUUCAUUGAGAUAUCUUUAUUUAAACUCCAACAAUCCAACAUCUAGCGUACCAAAAAGCUUGUGGACUCUUAAUAAUCUGUUGGAGCUUGACUUGUCCAUGAAUUAUCUCAAUGGUUCUUUGUCCUUCCAAAUUGGAAAUAUGAAGGCACUGAUCAAAAUGAAUCUAUCAAUGAAUCGGUUAUCUGGUGAUAUUCCUAGCACAAUUGGGGGGCUAGCAGAAUUUACAGGCACUUUCCUUAGAGCAUAA